AUGGUGGAUGGGGGUGGAACAGUGCUAGAGCUGCAGGGAGAGGUGUUCAGCAGCAUCCAGAUGACGGCGUGGCCAGUGGUGACAGCAGAGCUGUUCCGGACCAGGGACCAGUCCAUGUCUGCUGUGUAUCAGAGGAUAUUCAACUCCUUUGUGUACACGGAGAAGAUAUCGAAUGGAGAAAGUGAAGUUCAACAGUUGGCAAAAAAAAUCCGUGAGAAAUUUAACCGUUACUUGGAUGUUGUGAAUCGGAACAAGCAAGUGGUGGAAGCAUCAUACACUGCUCAUCUCACGUCGCCCUUGACCGCAAUCCAGGACUGCUGUACUAUUCCCCCAUCUAUGAUGGAGUUUGAUGGGAAUUUUAACACCAACGUUUCUCGAACUAUCAGCUGUGAUAGACUGUCUACCACUGUCAACAGCAGAGCCUUCAAUCCUGGACGUGACUUAAAUUCUGUUCUUGCUGACAACCUGAAGUCUAACCCAGGAAUUAAGUGGCAGUAUUUCAGCUCAGAAGAAGGCAUUUUCACUGUUUUCCCAGCCCACAAGUUCCGGUGCAAAGGCAGCUACGAACAUCGCAGCAGGCCUGUCUAUGUUUCUACUGUUCGACCUCAGUCCAAGCACAUUGUUGUCAUUGUGGACCAUGGGGCUUCGGUCACGGAGACGCAGCUUCAGAUUGCCAAAGAUGCAGCCCAGGUUAUCCUGAGCUCUAUAGAUGAACACGAUAAGAUCUCUGUGUUAACCGUGGCAGACACAGUAAGAACCUGCUCGCUGGAUCAGUGCUAUAAGACAUUCCUGUCUCCUGCCACUAGUGAGACUAAAAGGAAGAUGUCCACCUUCGUUAGCAGUAUAAAGUCAUCUGACAGCUCCACGCAGCAUGCGGUGGGAUUUCAAAAGGCUUUCCAGUUGAUACGCAACACAAACAAUGGCACAAAACUCCAAGGAAAUACCGAUAUGGUCAUAACUUACCUCUCAGCUGGGAUUACAUCAAAAGAUUCCUCAGAAGAUGAUAAAAAAGCUACUCUCCGUGUCAUCAAUGAAGAGAACAGUUUCCUCAACAACUCAGUGAUGAUUCUUACUUACGCACUUAUGAAUGAGGGAGUGACAGGUUUGAAGGAACUGGCCUUUCUGCGGGACCUGGCAGAGCAGAACUCGGUGAAGUACGGGGUGCCCGACCGAACGGUCCUGCCCGUGAUCAAGGGGAGCAUGAUGGUCCUCAACCAGCUGAGUAACCUGGAAACAACAGUUGGCCGAUUCUAUACGAACCUCCCCAACCGAAUGAUCGACGAGGCAGUCUUCAGUCUGCCUUUCUCAGAUGAAAUGGGAGAUGGCUUGAUAAUGACUGUGAGUAAACCAUGUUACUUCGGAAACCUGCUGCUGGGGAUUGUUGGAGUAGAUGUUAAUCUUGCUUAUAUCUUGGAAGAUGUCACCUACUACCAAGACUCACUGGGUUCCUACACUUUCCUCAUUGAUAAUAAAGGAUACACACUUAUGCACCCAUCCCUUACCAGGCCCUACCUGCUGUCUGAACCACCACUCCACACAGAUAUUAUCCAUUAUGAGAACAUUCCUAAGUUUGAGCUGGUGCGCCAGAACAUCCUUAGCAUUCCCCUGGGCAGCCAGAUCAUUACAGUUCCUGUGAACUCCUCACUCUCUUGGCAUGUGAACAAACUGAGGGAAGUUGGAAAAGAAGCUUACAAUGUCAGCUAUGCCUGGAAAAUGGUCCAGGACACAUCCUUUAUUCUGUGUGUGGUGGUAAUACAGCCAGAAAUACCUGUUAAGCAGCUGAAGAAUCUCAACACUGUCCCCAGCAGCAAGCUCCUGUAUCAUCGCCUGGAUCUGCUGGGCCAGCCAAACGCCUGCCUGCACUUCAAGCAGCUGGCUACCUUAGAAAGCCCCACAGUAAUGCUCUCUGCGGGCAGCUUCUCUUCUCCUUAUGAACACCUCAGCCAGCCCGAGACGAAGCGGAUGGUGGAGCAUUACACCGCGUACCUCAGCGACAACACGCGCCUCAUUGCCAACCCUGGCCUGAAGUUCUCUGUCAGAAAUGAAGUAAUGGCUACCAGUCACGUCACAGAUGAAUGGAUGACACAAAUGGAGAUCAGCAUCCUCAACAGCUACAUUGUGCGCCGUUACAUAGCAACCCCCAAUGGGGUGCUCCGAAUUUACCCCGGUUCCCUCAUGGACAAAGCAUUUGAUCCCACCAGGAGACAAUGGUACUUGCAUGCAGUGGCUAACCCAGGGUUAAUCACCUUUACUGGUCCCUACUUAGAUGUUGGAGGGGCUGGCUAUGUCGUUACGAUCAGUCACACAGUCCAUUCGUCCAGUGCUCAGAUGUCGUCAGGACACUCGGUGGCAGUGAUGGGCAUUGACUUCACCCUGCGAUACUUCUACAAAGUCCUCAUGGACCUGCUGCCAGUUUGUAACCAAGACGGAGGAAACAAGAUAAGGUGCUUUAUCAUGGAGGACAGAGGGUACCUUGUGGCUCACCCAACCCUCAUCGAUCCCAAGGGACAUGCACCGGUGGAGCAACAGCACAUCACGCACAAGGAGCCUCUGGUAGCAAAUGACAUUCUGAACCACCCCAACUUCGUCAAGAAAAACCUCUGCAACAGCUUCAGUGACAGAACAGUUCAGCGGUUUUAUAAAUUUAAUACCAGCUUAGUGGGUGACCUGACAAACCUGGUGCACGGCAGCCACUGCUCCAAGUACAGGCUGACACGAAUCCCAGGUACCAACGCCUUUGUGGGAAUCGUCAAUGAGACCUGCGAUUCACUUGCCUUCUGUGCCUGCAGUAUGGUAGACAGGCUCUGCCUCAACUGCCACAGAAUGGAGCAGAACGAAUGUGAGUGCCCGUGCGAGUGCCCCCUCGAGGUGAAUGAGUGUACCGGCAACCUCACCAACGCCGAGAGCAGGAAUCCAAGUUGUGAAGUUCAUCAGGAGCCAAUGACUUUCACAGCAAUUGAUCCCAGCCUGCAGGAUGCUCUCCCACAGUGCAUUAACACUCAGUGCAACCAGAAAACAGAGAGCGGGGAUUGCUUUGGUGUGUUGGACUGUGAGUGGUGUAUGGUAGACAGCGAUGGGAAGACCCAUCUGGAUAAGUCCUACUGUGCCCCUCAGAAGGAAUGCUUCGGUGGCAUUGUGGGAGCCAAGAGCCCCUAUGUGGAUGACUUGGGAGCAAUAG